AUGACCGGCCGGGAGGAGCAGGAGGAGAAGCCCCGGGUGCGGCUGCUGUCCCCGGGCUUCGGGAUGGAGAAGUCCCGGCUGCACGGCUCCGGGCUGCGCUCCAAAGGCUUCGCCAUCACGGACCUGCUGGGCCUGGAGUCGGACCUGCAGGCCCGCCAGCAGCACCCGGGGGGGGGGCCGGGCCCGGGGCUGGCGGCGGCCGGCCAGGGCGGCGGGGCGGAGCCGCAGGGCCCCGGGGCCGCGCUCGGCGGGUUCUCCUUCCCGGGGGGGUCGCUGCCGCUCGGCCUCGGGUUCCUGUGCAGCCUGGCGGCCCAGCAGCCCCCCGGGGCGCCGUGCUUCCUGCCCGGUCACCUGCCGCUGCUGCAGGCGCGCUCCGACCAGCACUACCUGCAGGGCCUGGAGGCCCAGAGGGACGCCUUCUCCGAUGAGGACUGCCUCUCCGACAGGAACGACCCCAAGAGCUCCGGGAGCGCCCAGAAGAGGAAGAAACGGAGGCACCGGACAGUGUUUACGUCCCACCAGCUGGAGGAGCUGGAGAAAGCUUUCCAUGAAGCUCAUUAUCCAGACGUCUACGCUCGAGAGAUGCUGGCCAUGAAGACGGAGCUGCCCGAGGACCGCAUCCAGGUGUGGUUCCAGAACCGGCGGGCGAAGUGGCGGAAGCGGGAGAAGUGCUGGGGCCGCAGCAGCGUGAUGGCGGAGUACGGGCUGUACGGCGCCAUGGUGCGCCACUCCAUCCCGCUGCCGGAGUCCAUCCUCAACUCCGCCAAGAACGGCAUGAUGGGCUCCUGCGCCCCCUGGCUGCUCGGUGAGCCGCAUGCACGAAUGCACAAGAAGUCUCUGGAAAUGGCCAAGAAGUGUUCGAGCCCCACGCCGGCAGACUCCGCCCACUCCGACUCCUUCUGCGAGGCCCCGGAGAGACGCGGAGACGGCGGCGAGACGCCGGAGACGGCGGAGGGGGAGGAGCUCCCGGACCAGGGGGAGGAGCUGGAGGAGGAGCUGGAGGAGGAGGAGGAGGCCAUGGACCUGUCCAGCUCGUCCAAACAGCAGCAGCAGGACGAGCGCGCCGCCGCCUCGCCGCCGCCACGGCAGAGCCAAUCGGAGCACAGCUGAGAGUGGGCGGGACCGGGCUGCAGGGACU